UACGAAUGUGAAUACGAAUACUAGUACGAAUACGAAUACGAAUACUAGUACGAAUGUGAAUAGGAAUACUAGUACGAAUGCGAAUACGAAUACUAGUACGAAUGUGAAUACGAAUACUGGUACCAAUGUGAAUACGAAUACUAGUACGAAUGUGAAUACGAAUACUAGUACGAAUGUGAAUACGAAUACUAGUACGAAUGUGAAUACGAAUACUAGUACGAAUGUGAAUACGAAUACUAGUACGAAUGUGAAUACGAAUACUAGUACGAAUGUGAAUACGAAUACUAGUACGAAUGUGAAUACGAAUACUAGUACGAAUGUGAAUACGAAUACUAGUACGAAUGUGAAUACGAAUACUAGUACGAAUGUGAAUACGAAUACUAGUACGAAUGUGAAUACGAAUACUAGUACGAAUGUGAAUACGAAUACUAGUACGAAUGUGAAUACGAAUACUAGUACGAAUGUGAAUACGAAUACUAGUACGAAUGUGAAUACGAAUACUAGUACGAAUGUGAAUACGAAUACUAGUACGAAUGUGAAUACGAAUACUAGUACGAAUGUGAAUACGAAUACUAGUACGAAUGUGAAUACGAAUACUAGUACGAAUGUGAAUACGAAUACUAGUACGAAUGUGAAUACGAAUACUAGUACGAAUGUGAAUACGAAUACUAGUACGAAUGUGAAUACGAAUACUAGUACGAAUGUGAAUACGAAUACUAGUACGAAUGUGAAUACGAAUACUAGUACGAAUGUGAAUACGAAUACUAGUACGAAUGUGAAUACGAAUACUAGCACGAAUGUGAAAAGGAAUACUACGACCAAUGUGAAUACAAAUAAUAGUACGAAUGUGAAUGCGAAUUUUAGUACUGAUGUGAAUACGAAUACUAGUACAAAUAUGAAUAGAUAA